AUGUCAGCCGACGCCCAGUCCCCUUAUGCCGUCGCUCGUGCGCUGAUCGAUGCCGCCCACGCCAAAGACCCUGCCUACCUCGCCCGCACAACCACUUCCGAAGACGCCUCAUCCGACGCUAGUGAUAUCAACCACCAGGAUGAGCUCUCCUACGCCGACGGGGUCGAGUCAUGGGCCAUCAAGCUCCUAGAGAGCAAUCCUGCCAAGUCUUCUCUUCUCUCUUCUGGCCCUGGUGGACUAGAGCUGGUGAAGCUCGCAGCGCGGUGUCAGCAUCUGGAGCGCUUCCUCACUCCCCGCUCCUCAUACCCCGAAGGUAAAGCGGGCUACUUCAAAUGGCGUCGCUCCCUGUAUGUAAUUCAGGCAAAUCGAGCUGCUGAACUCUUGCAACAGGCAGGUGUUAGUACAGAAGAGCAAGAGUUGGUCAAGAAGUGGGUUAGUAAGACGGAUUUGCAGCCGGGGAAAGAUGCUGGGGAUCCGGGUACACAGCUCUUGGAGGACGCGGCAGUACUCGUCUUCUUGGCGGAUCAGCUGGAGGACUUUGCAGAGAAGCACGAGGACUAUACAAAAGAAAAGAUGAUUACCAUUCUUUCAAAGACCUGGAAGAAGCUCUCGCCUCACGGAAAGGCUGCAGCAGCCGCGAUUCCGCUCGAGGAGGGAUUGAAGAAGAUGGUAGCAGAGGCAGUGGGCGAGAUCGAUAAACAGACUGCAGCUGCAAAGGACAUGGCUGCCCAACUUCCUCGUCUGAAAUCGGCAGCAGAAGCAGAAGCCUACCUUCAAUCUGUCGCCGCUGCUUCAUCCUCCUCCUCGUCAUCCUCGACUCGCGCAGACGAGGCCUCUUCUAGCAACCUCGCAGCAUCAUCCUCAUCUACCGCUCCCACAUCCCCGCCCUCCGUCUUCGGCACCCGCCUAUUCCGUGAAGGCGUCGACGACCCCAAAGCAUUCAAUGCCUGGGACCACGUUGAACCUCCACCCGAGUACCUCUCCACGAUCCGCUCCCUCCUAGCAACCCAAGCCCUCACCCGAAUCCCAACUUCAGAAGCUGAAUCCCUCUACCAUUCCCAAGGCAAACCAGCUGAAUACUGGGAUCACUUUUACUCGCAGCAUGAGCACAAGUUCUUUAAAGAUCGUAAAUGGCUCGGUUCCGAAUUUCCUGAACUCUUGGAGUGCACGGCGGAGGGUGCUGGGAGAAAGAGGGUACUAGAGGUGGGUUGCGGAGCGGGGAAUACUGUUUUCCCACUUUUGGAAAAGAAUCGAAAUGCGCAACUGGAGAUGUACGCUUGUGAUUACUCGAGCGAGGCAGUUCAGGUAGUGAGGUCAAAUGCGCUCUACAAGGAUCCACCGGUGGGAAAGUGCGAGGCAUUCGUGUGGGAUUUGAGCUCGCCAGAGGGGAUUCCUCCCGAGGUCAAUGUAGGAGAAGGAGGCGAGGAUGGGUUGGACUUGAUCUGCCUCAUCUUCUGCUUGUCGGCACUACAUCCUCGAGAGUGGGCACAGGCGGCGCUCAACCUCAAGCGGCUCCUCAAACCUGGUGGGUUGAUCUUAGUGAGGGAUUACGCGAGGUAUGACCUGCCUCAAUUGAGGUUCAGAAAGGGAAGGAUGCUGGACGAUAAUUUUUACGUCAGGGGAGACGGCACCAGAGUCUACUUCUUCACCCCCGAGGAGCUACGCGAGAUCUUCAAUGCCGGCCCUGCUCCCUCUCCUCACGCUCCCUCAGCACCCACAACAGAAGACGAAGCCCCCUCGGCCGCCGAAGAAGCAACCAGCAAUGGCACAAUUCCCGUUCCACCCACAGAAGCAGUCGAUGCCCAACCAAUCUCGCAGGAGCCCGAAGGAAUCUUCGAUUUCGAUACGCUACAGAUGGCGCUGGAUCGACGGAUGUUGGUGAAUCGCAAAGAGGACAAGAAGAUGUAUCGCAAUUGGAUUCAGACCAAGUUGCGCAAGCGGUGA